CCCCUCCCUCCUUUUCUUUUGCUUUCCAUGGGCCAAGCGUUUACCUUCAUGAUAGUUCUUCUUACAUAUUCUCUUCCCUCGCUCCCUCACUCACGCAUCCACAGUUCUUUAUAAAAUCCCAUGAUCCAAUCCAAUCCCUGACCACACCCUUUCCCUCUCGCAGCUCUUUAAUCCCAUUUCCCAUCUCCGUUUUUUCGUCUCUUUCUUCCAUCAUUUACAUCUUGUACUUCUAAACCAAGCAUUAUCUCUCUGCUUUUCCCGGAUCGGUGCUCUAGUCCAACUCAUCAAUGGCCGUUGCCACCGAUAAGCUCACUCCCCUCAAGUCUGCUGUUGCUGGACUCAAUCAAAUCAGUGACAGUGAGAAAAAUGGAUUUAUUAGCCUCGUUUCUCGAUAUCUCAGUGGGGAAGCGCAACAAGUGGAAUGGAGCAAGAUUCAAACACCUACUGAUGAAGUAGUGGUUCCUUAUGACAGCUUGGCGCCUAUUCCUGAUGAUCCCGCUGAAACAAAGAAACUUUUGGACAAACUCGUUGUUUUAAAGCUUAAUGGAGGAUUGGGGACAACAAUGGGCUGCACUGGACCUAAGUCUGUCAUUGAAGUUCGUAAUGGAUUGACUUUCCUUGACCUUAUUGUCAUCCAGAUUGAGAAUCUGAAUUCCAAAUAUGGGUGCAACGUUCCCUUGCUUCUAAUGAACUCCUUCAACACUCAUGAUGAUACACAGAAGAUUAUAGAGAAGUACUCAAAAUCAAACGUUGAGAUUCAUACUUUUAAUCAGAGCCAGUAUCCUCGUCUGGUUGUUGAGGAUUUUACUCCAUUGCCAAGCAAAGGGCAGACUGGCAAGGAUGGAUGGUAUCCUCCUGGACAUGGUGAUGUGUUCCCAUCCUUGAAGAACAGUGGCAAGCUUGAUUCUUUCUUAUUACAGGGCAAGGAGUAUGUAUUUGUUGCCAACUCAGAUAACCUUGGUGCUAUUGUUGAUUUGAAAAUCCUAAAUCAUCUGAUCAGAAACAAGAAUGAGUACUGCAUGGAGGUAACACCCAAAACCCUGGCUGAUGUAAAGGGUGGUACUCUCAUCUCUUAUGAAGGGAAGGUUCAGCUAUUAGAGAUUGCACAAGUCCCUGAUGAGCAUGUCAGUGAAUUCAAGUCAAUAGAGAAGUUCAAAAUUUUCAAUACAAACAAUUUGUGGGUGAGCUUGUCAGCAAUCAAAAGGCUUGUAGAAGCUGAUGCUCUAAAGAUGGAGAUAAUUCCUAACCCAAAGGAAGUAGAUGGAGUCAAAGUUCUUCAGCUGGAAACUGCGGCCGGUGCAGCUAUUAGGUUCUUUGACCGUGCAAUUGGUAUAAAUGUUCCUCGAUCUCGAUUCCUUCCAGUGAAGGCAACUUCAGAUUUGCUUCUUGUCCAGUCUGAUCUUUACACCUUGGACGAUGGCUAUGUUGUCCGAAAUAAAGCUAGACAAAAUCCUGCAAAUCCUGCUAUUGAACUGGGUCCAGAAUUUAAGAAGGUUGCCAACUUCUUGAGUCGAUUUAAGUCAAUCCCUAGUGUCAUUGAGCUUGACAGCCUUAAGGUGACUGGUGAUGUAUGGUUUGGUGCUGGUGUCAUUCUCAAGGGGAAAAUCAACAUUGCUGCGAAAGCUGGUGUGAAAUUGGAAAUACCUGAUGGAGCCAUAAUUGAGAACAAGGAUAUUAAUGGUCCUGAAGACCUCUAAGAAAGUCGCUUGGCUAAAAAUGUGCUGGAGACAUGGAGGCUCUUUAAGGAUUCCUUCUCCAUCUUAGAAUGCCCAUGUAUCUUGAUAGGAGAAUAAGAGAGAUGCAUUUGUUUGCUGUGUCUGAAUUCGGAAUGUCUAUAUACUGUGGACCUGUUUUUGUUCAUACAAACUACCUUGACAAGAGGGUGUAAAACUAGGUUGGAGUGCGAUUGUUUCUACAGACUAGUAUAAUUUGGAUAUUUGAACCCCAAUUUCUGGCGAGAUUGGCGAGAAUGGUGAUGAUAUUUGAAUUUCUGGCUAAAAUUCUUGAUGAAAAAUUACAACUGAAGUCUGUACUGUACUUUUGUCGAAGUCAAUUCCAGCUUAAGAAUUUCUUUGGUUAA